CCUACGAAGUAUUGAUGAUACAUAUUUAUACUCUAUAAAAGAAAUUAAACACUAUUGUGACUGUGAAACAUGCGUUUAUUAUUGUUAGUGGUGACUGUUGGAUUAGUGAAGUGUCAUAUUUCUGUACAAAACGGCAAUGAAAAUUUUUUAAUUGAAAGGGAACCUGAAGCACAACCUGAAGAGAAAGGUAAAAAAUACAAACCUGACUGGGAAGACUUGGAUACGCGGCCUCUCCCUCGGUGGUAUGAUGAGGCCAAAAUAGGCAUUUUUCUUCACUGGGGCGUAUUCAGUGUGCCUAGUUUUUACUCUGAAUGGUUCUGGAAUGAUUGGAAGAAUGGCAACGUUAAGGAAAUUACUGAGUUCAUGGAGAAAAAUUACCCACCAAACUUCUCUUACCAAGAAUUUGCUCCAAUGCUAAAAGCGGAGUUCUUUGAACCAGAGAAGUUUGCAAAACUCUUUCGUAGAGCUGGUGCUAAGUAUGUAGUUUUGACAACCAAACAUCAUGAGGGAUACACAUUGUUUCCUUCAAAACGAUCAUUCAACUGGAAUUCUGUAGAUGUUGGCCCUCAUAGGGACCUAGUCAAAGAUGUCAGUGACGCUGUAAGGAAAGCUGGCCUGAAAUUUGGUGUUUACCAUUCCCUUUAUGAAUGGUACAACCCUAUAUACUUGAAAGAUAAAGCUGCCUCUUUUAAAACACGAGAUUACCCAGAUACAAAGCUCUGGCCUGAUAUCAAACAGCUUAUAAACGACUACAAGCCAUCGGUGCUGUGGGCUGAUGGUGACUGGGAAGCCAACGACACAUACUGGAAAUCAACCGAUCUGCUAUCAUGGCUUUAUAACGACAGCCCCGUCAAGGAUGACAUAGUGGUUAACGAUAGAUGGGGGGUGGGUAUCCCUUGCCAUCAUGGAGAUUUCUAUAACUGUGAAGACCGUUACAACCCAGGUCGCCUAGUAAACCACAAAUGGGAAAACGCGAUGACGUUGGACAAAAAGUCUUGGGGCUACCGACGAAACAUGGAACUUGAUGACGUUAAAACCAUACACGAAUUAUUGCAAGACGUCAUAUCUACAGUCAGCUGUGGUGGCAAUGUCUUGAUCAACGUAGGCCCAACCAAAGAGGGUACCAUAGCCCCGAUAUUUGAGGAGAGACUGGAAGAACUUGGCGACUGGAUAGAGGUCAACGGAGAAGCGAUAUACGGGACCAAGCCCUGGACAGCUCAAAACGAUUCCUAUAGCCCAGAUGUCUGGUACACCUGCACUGGGAAACAUGAUAGCUCUGACGUGACAGCGGUCUAUGCGAUCUUCCUGCAAUGGCCUGAUACGAAUACACUGUAUCUGUCAAACAUUACAGAAGUAGUGGCGAAGCCGCAUUGGCAUAUUGAGCUGUUGGGAAAUGAGGGAAUUUACUUGGCGUCUGAGAAGACACCGGACGGCAACGUCGCUAUUUACUUGCCAGAACUGGAGACAGUAAAGUCUAGAAAUGCUUGGACCCUCAAAUUUUCCUGCAGUACAUGCGGCCCUCAAUACGACCAGGAUUUCAUGCACAAAACUACAAGAGAUAAAAGUUCCAACAUCAUCGAAAUCUGAAUAGCAAUAGACAACAGAUGCCUCUACAUAAUCUUAGAACAUACUAAAAUGUGAAUUUUAUGUCGAAAUCUACGUUAUACACUCUUAAAUCACUAUACUCACAAAUUACUGAUUAAUCACCAAAAAUUAACAAAACGUUCCCCGAAUCCGUAAUAUGUUAUGGUAUCAUUAGAUUUUAUUUUAUUUUAUUAAAUAGAAUAAGAUAUAGCUAGUUUAUGA